AUGGUAGAAGCAAGUCUCUACAUCAAACACGAAUCUGACGAUCACAGCAAUCCUUUCAUGAUGUCUCAUUCCGGCUACUCGAUGGCCAACCAUUUUGGAACCCCUAAUAAUGAUGGGGUAGACCCUUCAGAUUUGACCAUGCAGCAGGGCGGCUUUAUGCCUUACUCCUAUGGUUCACAGCAGAACAUGUCGUCCAGCUUCAACUUCGGUAACUCCGGUAUCGACACCGAUGAACUCUUGGACUUGGAGAUUAGCGCCCCCAACGGAGGCCAGCGCAACGACAUGAACUACAUGCACGACCAGUCUGCAGGAGGUAUCGCCAUGAGUCACCAAAGCCAGAUGUCACACCUUUACUCCAACACUCCGGAUAAUGCCCCAAUGGCCAGCCCCUUCGUCCAGAACAGCUUCAACUACGAACACUACCGGAUGAACCAGCAGAACCCUCAUAUACAACACGCCAGUUCGUUUGACCAGAACUACAUGGGCGCCAAGAACCGCCCCAGCCUCCAAAGCAUGGAUCGGACCUCCUCGGAUGCCCGUAGCCCCAUGACCCCCAAGACUCCUGCGCUGGGUUCUUUAAAUUUGGGUACACCGGAGUCCGGCAGUUUCCCUGGCCAGCCGAUUCGCACAACAGGUUUACAGCACCGACACCAGAAGACCCUGUCAAACCAAUGGGAUGGAACCCCAACAAGUGCUCAAUCAUACGUGGACUCUCCAAUUUCGUCACCUCCUCAACAUCACCAUGCCGGCAUUUCAGAAAUCCUCAAGUCUGGAAAACAUGCCUCUCUCCCUGCCAAGGUUGAUAAUCACAUGCCCGGUAGCAACCAAGAUCUAGAAUCUCAAGAGGCUAAGCGACGCCGUCGUCGUGCCUCUCACAACCUGGUUGAGCGCCGCCGUCGCGACAAUAUCAAUGAGCGCAUUCAAGAUCUCUCUCACUUGGUUCCGCAGCACCGACUGGAAGAUGACAAGGUGCGCAAGCAACUUGUGAACAAUAGCGCACUAUCUAUGGCUGGUGCCAGUGCAAACGCCGCUACUUCACUUCUGGCUGGUGGCAAUGGACGACGUGCCACACCCGGCAACAUCACCAUGGGUCUUCCCAUUGAAGAGAAGGAGAAGGGUCCCAAUAAGGGAGAUAUUCUCAAUGGAGCUGUCAGCUGGACACGCGAUCUUAUGUGGGCCUUGCAUGUUAAGUACCAGCAAGAGGCUGAGCUAGCUGAGAUGAUCAGCAACCUCGGUGGUACUUGGCCAUUCGAGCCCACUGAAGAGGAGAAGCGCAUGCGCAGCGAAAUUGUCGAUGCGCUAGAGAAGAAUGACCCCAACUCAUUCAGCUACACUCGUGGUCCAGGAAGUGGACUUCGUGUCCCUAAGCAUACCAAUCUCGCUGGUGACCCAGUGCAAGGUGGCGAAGGACUCACACCACCAAAUCUGAGCCCUCAAUUCCACAGUGGGUCUAGCAGCGCCAAUGGCGUGCCCGGUCAGCCUCAGUUUUGGAACAGUGCCGGCCAUGCCGCUCUGAGUUUCAAGGAAGAGGAUGAGUACGGAAUGGAUAUGAAUUAA